CCAGAGGAAACAAUGUUACGAAGAUUGAAUUCAGGACGGAAAACUUUAGUUAAACAUAGAACUUCGACUCCGGGAAGACGACAAAAAUCCGGAGAAGAAAUAUCUGAAUUUUUUUACCCGCAUUUAUCCUUUAGUCGAGCCCUGUCACGUGAUCCUGGACGAGUCCCGUUUUCUGGUUUAUCUUUCUCCGGAACGAGUAUUUUCAGUUCGACAUCUUCCAAUUUAAAUUCUCAUGGUUCUCUCAACAUACAAAAAAUAGGUUUUAAUGAACUCCGUUCUAAUAUUCGAACCUUCAGUUCUCUGACACCGGAUUCCCCUAUAACUCCAAGUACCAGAGCGGACUCCGGUGAUCAAAGUUCUAGAAGUAUGCUUCAAGACAAACUCAGAGAAUACGCUACUCUGAGCCCUGUUCCUAUCUCUAUAGCACAGUUUUUAGAACGAGGGGGUAGAGGGAAGAUAUCAGAGGAGGAUAGUUAUACUCAUCUAGUUGAAGAAGUUCUUGUAAGAUUAGCGCAUCUCAUCAGUGAGCUUCAACACCUACCUCAGGAGUUGAAGGAGGAAGAGGAUUACAAGUAUCUUGUUGAGGAUUAUAUUCUCACAUUCUCUCAGAUAAUUAAAUUCGAGAAUACAGCCCCAGACACGGACACCCUUAGAAAAUGGACGGAGGUGCUCAAAACCUCAAAACAAAGACAUCGAGAUGUUGUACCUACAAUGGCUGCCGCCUGCAUGAAAAUGAAAAAUAAAUUUGGAAUUAACUUAGAAGGAGAGGAGUGUGCUCUCACCAGGACUGUACAGUAUGUACUGGACCGGUUGUACAUGAGCCGAAUCUCCUUGAAUAUGUUGACUGAUCAACAUCUAAUAAUAUACGGGCACAAAUCUACUAUUGAGAAUCAGAUAGGAGUUAUCCAUCCUAAUACUGAUAUAGAAUCUGUGGUGCUUCACGCCUACCAGAACGCCCUGUAUCUUUGCGAACAGUGCUACUUGGCGGGACCAGGUGUAGAGGUCAAGUCCCAGAAUACCACGUGUCCGGAUACUAAAGUUACACUCACACAGGUUCCAUCGCAUAUCUACCAUAUAGUGUUCGAAAUAAUGAAAAAUGCAAUGCAGGCAACAAUGCUAAAACACGAGAAGGAUGAAGGAUCUGUAAUCCCCCCUAUCAAGGUUCUAAUUUGCCAGUCGGACCGAGAUAUUACAAUUAGGGUAAGCGAUUUAGGAGGAGGAAUAGAUAGGAAUGCACAAGAGAAAAUGUUUAAAUAUCUCUACACUACAUCUCCCAGGGCAAGUAUAACUGGAGAGAUUGUUCCAUUAUCUGGUCUUGGAUAUGGUCUACCAUUGGCCAGACUUUAUGCCAGAUAUUUCCAAGGAGACGUGAGAGCAGCAUCGUAUGAAGGAUAUGGCACUGAUGUUUAUAUUUAUCUGAAUGCUCUUGCUGGAGAAGCAGUUGAGAUGCUUCCUGUCUGGAGUCCUACAGCAUCAGAUAAGAUGCGAGCUCGAAGUUCUCCUGUAUCUGAUUGGACGGGGAAAUCUACUCGGAUCCGAUAAAUCUUGGAAACUUUUCACAAUAUUUAUGUUUCUAUAUUCUUGUCAGGGAUAGAAAGAAAUAAAAUACAAAGAUCAAGAAUUUA